UGUAUGUGCAGUUUGUCCCUGAAACAUAAUGCUCUUUAAGACCAUGAGAUUUUACAGCAGGCGGCAUCUGCUGUGCGCCCCUGGUUUGUGAAUUCUGCGAUAAGAAUGGGUUUAGGCUGUGUUCAUACAAACGCUAAUCUGGCAUAGGAGUAGAGCACGUUGCUUUAGCUCUCCAUCUGAUGUGAUGUGAUGGGGAUUUUAAAUCAGCAUAAUCUCACUUAGUACUGUGCGGAAAAGUGGAUUUACAUGUGCAAAUCAGUGGAAAUAAUACAGCGUGCCGCAAAAUGAAGACAGCUAUGCGUCAUGGGGUAGCAGUGUUUUUAGCCAUAACCAUGUGCACCAGUUUGUUCUUCGUGUACAACGCCAGCUUCAGCAACAGCAACACUUCAAGAGGUUCGACCGAUGCGUCGAGCCGAAAGAGUGAGCUGUCUCCUAGUAUACCUGCCAAGGCGCACAAAUCUCCCCCCUCAGCCUUGCAAGGAUACAACAGCAUCAUUGACCACAAGCCUCUGAAGAUGCACUGCAACAGCUGCGCUCUGGUCACCAGCUCGGGCCACCUGACAGGCGGCGGUCGCGGCAAGGAGAUUGACCAGGCCGAGUGCGUCAUACGCAUGAAUGACGCGCCCGCAGGCCGUGGCUAUGGGCGCGACGUGGGCCGGCGCACCAGCUUGCGCGUGGUGGCCCACUCCAGCAUGCAGCGGGUGCUCCGCGGUCGCCACGAGCUGCUCAACGCCAGCCAAGACACCGUCUUCAUCUUCUGGGGCCCCAGCAACUACAUGCGCCGCGACGGCAAGGGCCUGGUCUACAACAACCUGCGGCUCAUGAACCAGGUGCUGCCCAAGCUCAAGGUCUACAUCAUUACCUGGCAGAAGAUGCUGCAGUUCGACGAGCUGUUCAAGAAGGAGACGGGCAAAGACAGGCGGAUUUCCAACUCGUGGCUGAGCACAGGCUGGUUCACUAUGACCAUAGCUUUGGAGCUGUGUGACAGAAUCAAUGUCUAUGGCAUGGUGCCUCCAGACUUCUGCAGAGAAGCUGAGCAUUCCUCUGUACCCUACCACUACUACGAGCCCUUAGGGCCAGACGAGUGUGCCAUGUACAUCUCCCACGAGCGAGGCCGCCGCGGCAGCCACCACCGCUUCAUCACCGAAAAGCGCGUCUUCGCCAAGUGGGCUCGGACAUUCGACAUCCAUUUCUACCAGCCCGACUGGAGUCCGCCGCCCCUGCCCAAAAACCUGACCGCCCCCGGCACGCCCCCCGCUGCCACCAUCCCGUCUGGAGCUCAGAAGACGUGACCUGCAGAGUGCCUAUCGACCCCUUUUCUGACAGACUUGGAGGAGUCAAGCCUCAUGGACAGGUCAUUGCAGACAAAUGGGAGGGAAACUGUUCAUCCAUUGUCUGUCUGUCUGUCUACCUGCAGCAAAACCAUCUCCCAUUGCUUUGUCUCGGUUUGAAUGCAUAGAACUGGGCAAAUGUGUCAAGGCUGGUUUGGAGCUCCCAGGAUUCUCAUCCUUGCCUGGGGCAUGCUGUGUACGGGCAGCGUCCUCUGUUCUGUGUUUUGUACCGAACUACGUGUCAUCCCAUUGCUUGAGGGCAGGAGGUUCAUUGCACAACCUGUGUGCCUGUGGUUUGGCCACAAAGAGGUCAUGAGGAGAGCAGCCUACCCCUCCUGAAGCACAAAUGUAGGAAUCGGAAACACAAAGGUCCAACCUUUGUGUUUGCUGCUUUGUGUUUUUUCACACCUCGCAGCAUGGGGCGGGGCGGGCGGAGAGAGAGUACCAUUCGGGAAGGAGAAAGGGUCCGGGCUGCUCUACAGGCAACUCUGUCAACACAGGUUAGGGGAGAGUGUGUGUAUAAACACACAGGACAAAUGCCAACGCUAAAAAGGUUUACUCUGGGUCUCCUCUGUAAUCCCCUGAAACAACAUGACAUUAACUCCAGAGUUCGGGAAACGUUGCACUCGCAUGUCUGUGUGUUUAGGAUUAAGUGAGGAUUUCUGUAUGUGAUUCAUGUUGUCUGGAGAAAAGCCUUACAUGUUCAGUGCUUUUCUUGAAAAAGAAAUGUGUAUCUUCUAAUUAGCAUUAUUCCCAAACGAGUGACACCAUUAGUUCUGUUAUGGGAAUAAUUGUAUUGUUAAAUUAUCUUUACCACAAUGUGAUAUUCAUGAGAACAAACACUAUUCGUUUUCUGUUUGCUUACCAAUAUUUUCAGGAUUGCACACACUUUUUUUUUUUUGUAGUACUGUGAAUAUUAUCUGCAAAAAACAAGUGGCAGUGAACACUUAAUCAUUUGAUUAAGAUCUAAUGUUACAGUCCCACAAGAGGUGGUUUUGUUAUAAGCCUGUGUCCUCACCAUGGGCUACAGACCGAAGUGCAAAUGUUCUAACUAAAGGUUCGAAGGAGCUUUAUCUUAUUUAACACAUUCCCAAUGCAGCUGAGAUGUGUUCGAUGUAAAAUAGCCUACAUCCCGCUUGUUCUGUUGGAAUAAAAACUUAAUCUUU